CUGCAUUGAGUAUUUAUAUCUGUGCAAUAUGUCAAUUCCUAAUAACCUUAAAGUUGUAACCGAAGUGGAUUUUGCUUCUGCAGAUCUGCAAACAGUGAAUAAUUAUGGACAGCGAUGAGUAUUUACUUCACUUUAAAGGCUAUAAUUUUGAACGUUCCAUGAUUGAUAUUGACUUCCUAGAGAAUCUAGAGGAUUUUGAAAUUAGAGAUGAUGAUGUCUUCAUAAUUACAUUCCCCAAAUCUGGUACCAUCUGGACUCAGCAGAUAUUAAGUUUGAUUUAUUUUGAGACACAUCGUAAACAAACUGAAAAUAUGGAAACACUUGACCGAGCUCCCUUCCUGGAAUACAACAUACGCAAGGUGGACUUCACCAAGAGACCAUCCCCUCGCAUUUUCUGUUCUCAUCUGCCGUAUUAUUUAGUACCAAAUGGUCUCAAGAACAAAAAAGCUAAAAUUGUAUAUAUCUACAGAAACCCCAAGGAUGUUAUUACCUCAUAUUUUCAUUUUUCAAAUUUUGUGGCAGUAUUAAAAGGAUGUGAAAAUUUGGACCUUUUCAUGCAUAAUUUUCUAGAAGGGAAAGUGGUAGGAAGCAUUUGGUUUGAUCACAUCAAAGACUGGUAUGAACACAGACAUAAAUUUAAUAUUCUGUUUUUGUCAUAUGAGAAGAUGAAAAAGGAUCUCAAAAGUGCUGUGCAAACACUCUGCAACUUUCUUGGGAAAGAACUCAGUGAAGAUGAUGUGGAUGCUGUUGUGAGACAAGCUACAUUUAAGAAUAUGAAAUCUGAUUCACGAGCAAAUUACAAUGAUAUACUCAAAAACGAAGUUGGAACAAAAAGUGAAGGGCAUUUUCUGCGCAAAGGUACCAUUGGUGAUUGGAAAAACCAUUUCACUGUGGCGCAAAGUGAAAGAUUUGACAUUAUAUUCCAAAAGAAGAUGAAAGACAUACCAUUGAAGUUCAUCUGGGAUAUAAAUGAGGAGUAGAAUCUGUUUGAAAGAAUCAUGUAAGAAUCUAUCAAAGGACACAUUUUAGAUAAAUUUUCAAUAGUGCUUCCCAUAAAAAAUUAGUCAUAAAAGUCGAUUAAUAAAAAUGAACAGUCACUUCAUAAAUAUGCUGCCUGUCUGAUGCAUAGUGAAACUUUAAAAAUUAAAAGCACUUGGGAGAUGCUAUGUAUUGUUUUCAUGUACAAAAA